GAUGAAGGGGAGGGAGCACUGGAGCCUGAGGGUGAGGGUGAAGUAGAGGGCCAGGGGGAGGUAGAGGUAGAGAGUGAUGCUGAGCAGCGUGAUGUUAACCCUGAUCCAGGAGAAAGUGAGGGCGAGAGAGAACAAAGUUCCCAAGAAGUAGAAAUUGGUGAUCAAAGAGAAGAAAGUGAUGGAAAAUAUACAGACACUGAUGAAAAAGAAGAGUUGACAAGCCGGAGACGAAAUGUGAUUGAAAGUGGGUCUGAGAGGUCUGAGGAAAACCAUUACCCUGACAAUGAAGAUGACGAGGUUAAUCAGGCUAGAAGUCCGAGAUCCCCUGACGAGGAGAAGGACCAUACUCACAUCGUACACUCUGCUGUUCGUAAUGUAUUUGGUGACUCUGAUGAAGAAGAACCAACAGAUUACGCUGUUCAAAAUGACAUUGAGCAUGAACCAAAUAGAUCCCCAAUGGAAGAGGAAGGGAGCUAUGGAAAGAGUCCAAGACUAGAGGAUGUAGUGGCUGAUGAAGAUGCUAGAUAUGAUUCAGAAGAGGACAAUAUUGAGGCUAAACCUAGAGAGAAACCGGUUGGCCCCCCAUUGGAACUAGAGAUUCCACUGCGUCCGCCUCCUGCUCAUCCAGAAAAG